AUGACGGCGGUGCUGUCGCGGCUGUCGAUGGGGCUUGAGGCUAUCAGGCGGGGCAUGCAGCAGCAGCAGCAGACAGCAGCAGAAGCAGCUCGUGCUGCAGUGCAGUGUCUCCCCACCCUUGCGGCCCACUCAGACUUUGCUGCAGCAGCUCCUGCUGCCAGCUCUUCUCCUACAACUGCAGCAACAGAAGCAGCGCAACAGCAGCAGCAGCAGCAGCAGCAACAACAGCAGCAGCAACAACAGAAACAACGGCAGCAACGGCAGCAGCAGCAGCAGUUUUCAGCAGCAGUUGCAGCUGGUUUAGGCAGAGGGACAAGCAGCCCGGGAUCGGAUCCCUUUUAUUAUGAGAAACAAGAAGCAGCAGCACUGCAGGUGGAUAGAAGGUUGUGGGGUCACCUGCCUGGCUCUCUGCUGCAGCUGGGGUUUGCUCUGCGUGCUGCGCUGCGGCGUCUCUCUCACGACUCCUUCGGUUCUCUCUGUAUUCAUUCGCUGCAGCUGACGCUCCCCUCCCCCUGCCAGCUGCUGCAGCUGCCUGCUGUCCCCGCCUCUACGCGUCUGUUGCCUACAACAACAUUCAGAAAAACCCUAACAAAUGAAGCUACAUACUUUCUCUGUUCUCUAGCUGCAGCUCCUCUCUCUCCCUGUAUUUCUAUUGAUCUAGUACUCACCGUCAAGGGCCUGAGGGCCCCUGCAGCAGCUGCUGCUGCAGAACAGCCCCAGCAGCGGAGACUGCAUGCACAGUAUACAGCAGCACCCGGGCCCCCCCUAGGCUCUGUCCCCUUCAGCAACAGAGCUGGUGUCUCCCCCUUUGAUAUGCGGGGGGCGAGAUAUUCCUCUUUCUCUUACUUACAUCCGCAGCACAACGCUCGUUUUCUUUCUCCUGCUGCAGCAGCAGCAGCAGCAGCAGCAGCAGCACCUAUAGAUAGACUAGCUGCUGCUGGCAUUCAACAGGAGACAGCACUGGGCUCAAUAAAAGUAGCAGCACCGCUGCUAAGAGUUGAGCUGCUGAAGAGGCCCCGUAUACCUGAGGACUCUGUGGGGUGCGGCGAGGAGGCUGCACGCAGCGCCUCGCCGCGUAUAUCUUUCUCUACAUCUGGCUCAGCACAAACAAAACAACAACAACCCGGUAGAGAAGAAACACCCCCACCACCACCAGACAGCAGGAAAAGGCAGCAGACAACGCUGCAGCAAACCCCACAAAGACAAAACAACUGCGUUCUAGAAGUGCUGCUGAAAGAACUUGAGCUCUCCUUUGUCUCCGAGCAGCAGACAUCAGAGAGCCUGCUGCAGAGCCAGCAGCAGCGGCCAGCCAGUGGCUGGGGUGGGGGUCGCCGGGUGCUGGGCUCAGCAGUGUUCAUGGGGCGGCCUCCAGCAGCAGCAGCAGCAGCAGCAGGAGGAGGAGAUGCUGAUGCAGCAGCAGAUGGAGGGAUAAGGGGAGCUGAGGAUACACCGCGCUCGCUUGUUAUGCCUUUUCGUUUGGUUGUUUCUCUGCGGGAUUGUAUUAUAAGAGGAGAAGACGGCAGCAAGCUGCUGCAGAACGCCUCUGUAGUACCGAAGCUCUUCUCAGGAGAGCUAGGGGGGGGGAGCACAGGUGCUGCUGCUGCUGGUGGCGGUGGCGGCGGCGUUCUGUAUACGCCCCAGAGCCAGUAUGCAGCAGCAGCAGCAGCAGCAGCAGCAGCAGCAGUACCCCCUCCAACUGCUGCUGGGAACGGAACCCCACGAGGAGCGCAUGCAGCAGCUGGAGAGGGGGCUGGGGGCCCCGGGCGCCGGCCCCCACAGAGGCCCCGGCUUACACUGCCCCGCCAGGCCCUCGCUGCUGGGGGGCCCCUACAGGACCCCCUGCUGCAGUGUCUAGCUUGGAUAUCUGAUGGAGUGAUAUUUGUAUCGGCGGAGAUGGCGCACCUGCGUAUACAGCUGAGAGCUCUACAAGGGGCAAAUGUUUAUGCUUGGGGUAUUGGGCUGUAUGGGGCCCUGCAGCAACUAAAAUAUUUUCGGUUGCAGUUCCCCGCUAUAAGCUUUGGUUGCUGCUUCUCUACUGCUUCUUGGCUUGUACCUAUUGGUGUCAGUGCGCAGCAGCUGCUGCGUGUCUCGCAGCUGCUGCAGGCCCGGGGCCCCUCUCCUUCUCCUUCUCCUCCUCCUGCUCCUGCUGCUGCUGCUGUUGCUGCUGCUGCUGCUGCUGCUUCUCUUUCUAUACAAGAGCGUCGUAGUAAACACAAUACAAAGGAGACAGCAGAAGAACAAGCUAUACGUAGAUCUCUGCUGCUGCAGAGAAGGGGACUGGGGCUUCUCUCUCUCUUAUACCCUGGCCUGCCCCCCCCGGCUCUGGCUCCGUGCGGCUGGAGCGGGGCCCUGCCGCUGCAGCUGCCGGAGAUGGCUGCUUCUAUGUCUAUACAGCAGGUAUUACAAAUACUAGAAGAUGAUGCAGCAGCAAGACAAGCUGCUGCUGCUGCAAAUGCUAGUGCUAAUGCAGAUGCUGCUGCUGCUGCUGCUGCUGCUGCUGCUCCAUGGAGACUACAAACAGCUGACCUCUUUCAACACCACUCCGACCUACAGCCCGCUGCCACUCUGCAGCAACAGAGCCGGCACCGUCGGCCAGCAUACGGCCGUAGUUUUUCUCCGCCUUACGAGGGCUACCCUGGGGGUGGCUCAGCCGAAGCCUCUUUUGUUAGAGCCCCGGUGAGCCGGGUGUCUCCAUACGGAGACAGUGGGGCGCGUGUUUCUAUGAGGCCUGGGCACCUAGCAACUCUGCCGCAGCAGCGGCUGCAGCAGCAGCAGGAGAGGCUCUGUCAGUGA